AUGAAUUUUAAGAUACCUCCAAAAAUCAUGAUUUUCGUAUCGUUGAUAUGUAUUCUGAUCCUUUGUUUGCCCAUUCACCAAGCAAAAGCCGACUUUACCUACACGGAGUCUGAUCCAACAUUAGAGCUGAUCAAACUUGAAACGUACAAGGAUGAUACCACCGUCGUUCGUGUCAUCAAAGAUCUUAAAAAUGGAUGUUGGGAGUCGGCGAUAAGAUUGAGGAUUAUAUAUGCAAAUGGCACAGUAACGCCACUUGAUAUUUACAAUGAUGCUUUGGGAAUUCCUGGGUGGAAUUUUUGUAGGAAUGAAAUGGGAUAUCAUCGCAUUAAAGGUAGUUAUGGGUUACGAUUGUACAGCUGGAUGCCAAAUUACGUGCUCAUAACGUACAUGAAUGGGACGAGCUAUGACGACCAAGAAAACAUGUCUGUUUUUGCCAAAUUAAUCUCUUGGUCAGGACAAGUCACUGGCAAUGUAUAUCUAGGGCCUGUUUACAUCGUGAAUAAAAUAAUUCAAUAUCCGAUUGAAACUCAUUUUGAUCGCGAACAACCUGAGCGGGGUUUCUUUUACUCCGAUUUCUUAAGUGAAACCAAUUACAUAUAUUGGGUACAUUUCAGCGCACCGGAUGUAAAUGGAAUGAUCAAGCGCCUUAAAGAUGGUACGAUCACCUUACAAAAUAUGCAAUAUGGAAGUUUCUUCUACACCAUUCCAACGCUAGGAGGUGGUGAUUUUGGUAUUGUGAUUGUGAAUUCUACUGUCGCUACCGAAAUUCCCAUUGACCAUGGCGGUGGUCCGCUAAUGAAGCAAUUGGAAACAUAUGCUAUUUUCAUUUCUUCGAAAACUUAUGAACAACGAGGUCCCUAUUUCAUACAUCAUUUCGGAGCCACCCCAGCUUUAGCUCUGAGAGAACUUGCUUGUGGAGUCGAGUAUUAUGAGUUAAAAUAUAAUUGCUUUUUGGUGGUUAGAACUAACCUCACCGAAAGAAGUAAUUUUUUAACACGAAUCACAUUUACUGUGACUGGUUCAAAAAUCGAUGAGAAGACUUAUGAAAAUAACGAGAUAAAUUCACUAGAUAUACACGAAAUAUACAUGGAGAGUUUGUAUUACGGAGGUUAUAUUCUAAUAUUGCACCGAUACAACGAGCUCAAUGACACAUUUGAGGACCUAUACGGUUAUCUUUUUGAUAGAGAAGCGAACCUACAGGAACCUUGGCCACUUGGCAAUCCAACAGCGAGACCGGCAUUAGGAAGACGAUAUGGCCUAUUAUUCCAAAAUAAUACCCUUGUAUCAAUUCUACAAAAACCAGGCGAUCCAACUUGGACAUUGGAAUCUAAGCCUUUAUCGAGUUUCGUUGAUGAAGAACCAUACAAAAAUCCGAACGUUAUUACUACGGAUCCACAAAACAAUUUUAAAAUUCCUUUAAGAAAAAAGAGCAUUACGAUCACUUUUAAAAACGAAAUAUAUUUGUCCUCUGGCAACAUUACAAUAUUUCAAUUGGAAAACUCUGAAAAAAUAUUAAAACAAACUCACCCCGGAACACAUCCAAAUUGCAUUCUUGGGAGUGAUUAUAAAACUGUCACAAUCAACAUGCUGGAAUCCAAUUUUAAUAUCCCAAAUGGGACAUAUACGGUGGAAAUUGCCCAUGAAUUUUUUGUGGACAAGCAAACCCAGUUAGCUCCUUUAGGAUUGCGAGCAGGAAAUUGGAAUUUCACUACUGAGAAUACUUUUGAUGAAUACCCUGAUUCCGUUGAUAUCGUUCUUGGACUCACUAGGGACGCAUCUGCUAAUUUUAAGAAGUUAACAGAUCCUAAUAAGGCCGCAUUUAUGAAUCAAUUAUCGAUUGAUUUGACGAAAACUAUUCCAACAGAACCAACACGAUUCAUAGUAACUAAAGACAUUCAAGAUUAUGAUAUAAAAACUAGAAUUCUCAUUUCCCUCAAGAUUCGAGAGCGAGAAGGUCCAUCUAAAUUGAAUGGAAAAAUGAUCAUUAAGGAUCUGGAUACCUUAAUUCGAAACAAGGAAAUUACUGCGAUAUCACACUUUGAAUCAACCAACAUGCUUGACGAGGAAUUUGGAAGUGCCAUUAGAAAAACCGUGUCUGGAAGUUAUAAAAUCGAAGUCGGGCUUCUUGCGGCUUUCUUUGCAAUUUUUGUACUCCUAAACUGUUUUUCGUGUCGGUUCAAGGCGGAAAUUUCAGAUAUUUUUGUAAUGAUCAAAAUUUCCUUAGCGACACUUGAUCUGAUAUUUGAUAUAUGGUUUAUUGCAAUCCAUAGAUUUGAUUUUAAAUUCAUGAUGAUUGGAAGCGUUGCAAUUCUUAUUUUUCCGUGGAUGGUAAACAUCUUUGUACACAUAAUGGUUUAUUAUAAAGCAGGACCCAGUGACCAACCGGGGUCAAAAUUUAUUAGAUUUAUUUAUUUCAUACUUGGUCUCAUUGACGUUGAAUCACUUAAACUUGUAUUUAACACAAAUCAAUCAAGUAAACUUCUUAAAUAUUCUUAUUGGACGAAAUUCGCUCUUCAAGAUAUUCCACAAUUAAUUUUUCAGAUUUUGUAUUUUGUGAUUGCUAUCAAGUACAAUACUCUGAUAACUAUAUCGAUUAUUCUCAAUAGUUUGUUGAUAUUCCAUAGUUCUGUUGUUAGGUUCAUUGUAAAUAAAUAUCUCGCGGAUCCUAUAAUACAACCGCAAGUCCAAGAAAUGGAUGAUGGUAAAGUUGAAGACACCCCAACCCCAUAA